AUGAAAAGAGACAAUCCUUAUAUGAUUGUGAUGAUCAUACAAGCCAUAUAUGCAGCAAUGUUUCUUCUGUCAAAAGCCGCAUUCGACCAUGGCAUGAAUAACUCCGUCUUCGUCUUCUACAGACAGUCUGCAGCAACAAUUUUCCUAAUACCUUUUGCUCUCUUCUUCGAAUGGAAAACUGCACCACCUUUACCAUUCAAAACCUUUUGCAAGAUCUUCUUCCUUUCUUUCAUCGGGAUAACUUUGAGCUUAAACAUAUACGGUAUUGCUUUGAUAAACACAUCUGCAACUUUGGCGGCUGCUACUACUAACUGUCUUCCAGUUAUUACCUUCUUCUUGGCACUCCUACUCAGGAUUGAAGCUUUGAGAGUAAAAACAGCUGCUGGGGCAGCUAAGUUGGCUGGUGUUGUGGCAUGUUUGGGUGGAGCAGCAAUUCUUGCUUUUUAUAAAGGACCUCAUUUAGAACUUUUAAGUCAUUUUCACUUUUUGGGGAAUUACCAUAAAACCCAACUACAACAUCAGGGCCAUUUUCUAUCUGGCUCAUCAUGGAUCAAGGGUUGCUUCCUCAUGCUUCUUUCUAAUACCUUUUGGGGAAUGUGGCUUGUUCUACAAACGUUUAUCAUAAAAGGAUAUCCUUCAAAGCUGCUACUCACGACUCUCCUGUGUUUUUUAACUUCAAUUCAGUCUUUGGCCGUAGCAUUGGCCGUAGAACGAGACUUUGAACAAUGGAAAUUGGGUUGGAAUGUUAGACUCGUUGCAGUGUUAUAUUGUGGAAUUAUGGUGACUGGUGUGACAUAUUACUUACAAACAUGGGUUAUAGAGAAGAGAGGACCAGUGUUUCUAGCCAUGUCAACACCACUAGCUUUGAUCAUGACUAUGUUCUCCUCAGCAAUUCUCUUGGGAGAGAUAAUAAGUUUGGGAAGCCUUUUAGGUAGUUGUGCUUUGGUUUUAGGACUGUACUGUGUGCUGUGGGGAAAGAGCAGAGAGCAAAUGCCCAAAGCUUCCUUAGACAUGGAGCAAGCUUCGAGUUUGAACGAACCAAAUAAGUGA